CGCUCCUUGUCAUUGUCAAAUAGAAUAGUAACAUACGACCCGAAAACAUCGUUAUAAAUAAAUAGGUCUAUUAUUUGCGGAUUUUAACUCCUAAAUACGUGCUAUAAAAAUGUUGCUGCUUUUUUUAACAUUCAAUUUUGUUAAUAGUUUAAGUUAUGACAAUCAUGGAUAUGUAGUAUAUUGUCCAUGCAUGGGUAGAUUUGGUAAUCAAGCAGAUCAUUUCUUAGGAGCUUUAGCAUUCAGUAAAGGAGUAAACCGUACACUUGUCCUGCCACCAUGGGUUGAAUACCGGUAUGGAGAAAUAAAGUCACUACAAGUACCCUUUACUACUUAUUUUAAAGUUGAAUCGCUGGCUUUAUAUCACAAAGUGAUUACGAUGGAUGAUUUUAUGGAUAACUUAGCACCUAAUAUAUGGCAACCACAAAGAAGAAUAUCUUUCUGUUAUGUCCAGAGAAGUGGUGAAGAACAAAAUAGUUGUAAUGCAAAAUCAGGAAACCCUUUUGGUCCUUUUUGGGAUACUUUUGAUAUAGAGUUUGUAGGUUCAGAAUUUUAUGGACCAUUAAAUUAUGAUGCUCAUAACAAAGCAAUGAUGGAUAAAUGGAAUCAAAAAUAUCCUUCAACAGAAUGGCCUGUUUUAGCUUUUACAGGUGCUCCAGCCAGCUUCCCAGUUCAAGAGGAAAAUGUCCACCUACAUAAAUAUUUAAAAUGGAAUCAAAACAUAGUGAAUAAGUCAAAAUCUUUUAUAAGAAAUAAUAUGAGUGGUGGAGGUUUCAUAGGUUUACAUUUGAGGAAUGGUCAGGAUUGGAUAAGAGCAUGCCAACAUGUUAAGGAUAGUCCAAGAUUGUUUGCAGCACCACAAUGUGUGGGUUAUAAAAACGAAAGAGGUUUAUUAACACAAUCAAUGUGUUUCCCAGAAAAAUCAGAUAUCAUAAAACAAGUGAAACGAGCAUUGAAAAAGUUAAAUGACAUAAAAUACAUUUUCGUAGCUUCAGAUUCAAACCACUUACUUGAUGAUUUUAAAUUAGCUUUACGACAGUUUGAUGUUAGUAUUGUAAAACUACAACAAUCAAACCCACAUUUAGAUUUAGCUAUUUUAGGCCAAUCUAACUAUUUUAUUGGCAAUUGUGUGUCCUCAUAUUCUGCAUUUGUGAAGAGAGAAAGAGAUGUCAAAGGCUUACCUUCGGAGUUUUGGUCAUUCCCAAGUCCAAAAAAGGUUAAACAUGAAGAAUUAUAACAUUUA